AUGGAGCUGCUGAUGUUUGAAAACCCGACAGAUUCAAACCUGACCAGUCAUAGAUCAAGCUUGGCAAACGGCACCUGGAGUUCUGGCGGUGUCACGUUCUUCAUCAUCCAGGGCCUUGCUGGCCUUGGGGAGAAGAGGCUGAGUCUUUUUGUGAUCCUGUUUGUGGGCUAUGUCAUCAUCCUGGCAGGAAACACCAUGAUCAUCUUUGUGGUACGAACCGAAAAUCCGAAACUCAGUUCUCCAAUGUACUUCUUCCUCCGGAACCUCUCAUUCGUGGACUUGGUCUACACCACCACCACCAUCCCCAACAUGCUGGCCGGCUCCCUGACAAACAGAUUAACCAUCUCUGUCCCAGGGUGCUUCCUCCAGAUGUACUUCUUCAUUCAACUCGCCGUAACCGGCCGUGGGAUCCUCACUGCCAUGGCGUAUGACCGCUACUUGGCCAUCUGCAACCCUCUGCGCUACACCGCCAUCAUGACGCGGCCGGUCCAGAUGCUCCUCGUGGCGGCAGCAUGGGGAUUCGGUGUCCUCUGUACACUACCUGUCACCAUCAUGGGUGUGCAGCGUCCUUAUUGCGGUCCAAAUGUUGUCAAGCACGGCUGGUGCGACCCAUCAUCUGUAAGAAGGCUGGUGUGUGCUGACACGUCUAUAGACGGCAUCACGUCACUUUCCUUUGCCUUGGUGGCACUGCUGACCACAGGAAUCCUCAUUGCCACCUCUUACAUCCUGAUCACCGUCUCCAUAUCCAGGAUGGGGAUUGCUGAGAGGCUGAAGUCCUUCGGGACAUGUGCUGCCCACCUGACCGUGGUCUCCAUCUCUUACAGUGCAGCAUCAUGCGUCUACAUUUCCUACAGGGUGGGAAACAUUUCUUCAGAGGUUCGUGUGAUUGUUGCUGUGCUGUACUCGGCUCUGACUCCAUUCCUGAACCCAAUGAUCUACAGUCUGAGGAACAAGGAGCUCAGAGAGGCCAUCAGGAGGACUUUUAGAAGGUUUAGCCCUGCUGCUGUUUCAGUUACAAAGGAUAUAAACACCGUGGCCAGAGCACCUGUAAACUGGAACUUUUCCUCCAACACAUAA